AUGUGCUUCUCAACUGCCAAAUGGCAAAGGGAAGAAGUUCAAGACCAUAAAUUUGAUUUCGUAGACGUAAAUGAAUUUCAUGACACGGGAAUAUUACGUAGACUAAAAUAUUCAGUUCUUUUUAUGGUUGUUAUAAAAUCGAUACUUGUAUAUGUAGCCGAUAUGUGGACCGCUGGGAUUUUAAUUAUUUUUGACCGAUGGAAUACAGCAGUACAGCCAAAAAUUCCUUUUGCUGUUUCAAAAUGGAUUUUUGUUGGUUGUAUUAUCGUAUCAUUUUUAUUGCUAGCUUGGGAUAUUAAGAAAGCUAGACAUAUAAUUAAGACUAGAGAUAUCUCUUAUGCAUUUACAAGUACAAUUGCGUAUAGAUUUUAUACUUUAAGAAGUUAUAAACAUUAUAAUUUCUUUUGUCAAAUCAACAAUUCAAAGAAGAAAGCAGAUGAAAUUGCUUUCUUUGUGUUCUUUACAUUUAAAGCACCUCGUCAAGUUAUAAAUGCAAUCACAUUAGUUUCUAUUAUUCAAUCUAAUAAAAAAAAGCAAUACUUAGAUAUUAAUUCUUAUGGUGAGAAUAUGGUACAACAACUUGCCAUGGGUACUAUGGUUUUCACGCUGAAAACUGAACAACGUGUUAAACAACGAAAACAAGAAGCAGACGCAGAGGCUAGAGGUGACUUUAGUCAUCUUAAAAAUAAAAGAGGAAUUGACAAUGAAACUAGACCUCUUCGUCAACCAACAUUACCAACGUUUGAAUUUUCUGAUGAGAAAAAACAAUCAUUUUCACCUUAUGGUCAAAUGCCACCACUACCACCACCUAAUUUUAAUAACCAGGUAGAACCUGUAAUGGGUAUACCACCAUAUGGUCCAAGAUCUGGUGCUCCAAGAGUUGGAACUCCUUCAAUAAGAAAUGGAAAUCCUGGAUAUGGACCACCACCUCCAUUUAUGGGUCGUCGUAAUAGUAAUUCUUCUAUUAGUUCUGAUAUGACUGGAUUUUCAGCUUAUUCAUCAACAACACAUCAAUUAACUGGACCAGGUUUAUCUGUGAGACAAUCAAUUAUGAUGACCAAUGAAACGAUACAAAAUAGGAAUUCACAACGAUUUUCUAUAUUUAGUGAUGAAUACUAUGGAGGAGCAUUUGAUGAUGCUUAUAAUUCAAAUGAUCAAUCAUCGCGUAUACGUUCACAUUCACCGACGCCUUCAAUAUCUUCCACAACAUCAGGUCGUGCUAGACUACCACAAUCACGCGCUGUGGUACAUCCAGCGGUGAAUUCGAGAUAUCAAGAACAAAGAGGUCCUAGAUAUAAUAAUUAUGCAGAACAAGGUGGUGGUCAAUCUAGAACUGAUGGAUUAUAUUAG